AUGGAUUUUCUUAAUGAUGCGGGUAAAGACAAACUUUUAUUUUCAAUGGGUACCGGGAUUUUGAUACCAUUGUCUGACAUACCAAAAGAAUUGAACACUAAAUUAUCAUGUUUUUUAAAACUUGAGAGUGUUAAAAUUACGGACAGUAAUUAUAAGUUUAUGCUUGUAAAAUUGGAAGCAUCUAUAAAUCCUUUUCAAGACAUAAAAACAGUAACCGAAAAUGUAAGUAAUAAGUGUAUACUUAUUUUAAAGCUAAUUAUUUUAAUAAAUAUUUCAUUUUGAAUACCUAGACUUUAGCACAUUUGUCUGCAAAUAGAGAUAUUUUUAAAAAUUAUUCACACGACAUUGAAGUAGCCUUUCAGGACAGGCUUAAUGAUUUUUUAACCAACUUAAAAAACGUAUUAUCUGCACAGAACAAAAACCGCAUAACCUUAGUAAUGCCUUUUGGAUUUGAAAAUAUUGAUAUUGCUUUAAAAAACAUCGAAACCAGGUAAUUAUGCUUUUCGUAUUAUUUCGUAACUAUUAACAUGUUUUUUGUAUUAUAUAAUUAAACACAGCAAUUAUUCUAACAGAUAAAUGUAGUUUUAGUAGUUAAAUAUUUUCCACUCGGGGGAGGGGUGGUAAUUUAUUUUUUUUAUUUCUAACGGUUUUUCUAAAAUAUUUGAAAAUAAAAACAAAUACACCUAACCAUGAAAUCGACUUUAAUUGCUAUUACGGUAACCAGUCAACCAGAUUACCCCUGAAUCCUUAUUAGUUUGUAAUGAUUUUUAGUUGAUUCCAGUAUAUAGGUAACCAUAAUUACCUUUUAUCUUACUUUAUUUUUUUCUAGUGAUGGAAAAAUGAUAGACGAAGUAUUAAAACUGAGACUAGAAGAACAAGUAUACGUGUGGUUUAAACAAAUUAGUACAUUGGUACAAAUUAUGCCAGAUUCGAUUCUUGAACUAGAUCCCAAUGCAACGCAUGCAAAUUGCAAGUGUUAAACAAAUAUAUAAUAACAUAUAUUUUGAUAACAUUUUAAUCUCAGUAUAUUUCAAAUUUCUACACAGACUUCGAUUUCUGGAUCAAUCGAGAAAAAAAACUAGUCGAUUUUUUUCAACAAAUAAUCCCAGAAAUCGGCGAUUACUUGUUAGUGACAAAAAGCUCAUCUUUGAGCGUUUAUAGACAAUUAAUGACCAUUGGGAUGAUUGGUACCUAAAUAAUAAUAUAAUAUAAUAAUUAUUAAAUUAGUUUUAUUAUUUAUUAUUAUUAAAAAACAUAAAAAUUUCCGUUUUUGUCUAAAAUUCAACUAUAUUAUAACAAUUCAUCGUUGUAUUUGUUUUCAAAUAGAAAAAAAGAACACGAAACUCAUCAACAUGUUCUUGGGAACACUCACUAAACCUAUCAAUAAAAUUGAAAGUAACGGUUUGGUCGAGUCAAAAUUAGAAUUGUCUGCGUUAUGGAGGACAUUGGUACUUAUAUGGAUAAACUGUUUAUGUUUUCAAAAUUACAACNAGAACAUACACAAGAUUAAUGACGUUCUAGACAUCAUAAGUUAUUUCAAGUAAACCAAAUUAAUAGUUACUAUGUUAAUAAUAUUAAUGUAUUAUGUAGGUAAAUUAUGUAUGCUGCGGUAAUAUAUAAUCUUAAAAUGUUUUUUUCACAGAAAUCAAUUCAAAAUUGUUCAAAUGGAAUAUUUUUCUGAAAAAUUUGAAAAAUUCAAAUUGAAAAAUCCUGUAUUACGCAAUUUGAAACCACGUUAUUGGAACUUUCGUACUUGUGAUUUGUUUGAAAGGCUCGACGCAUUUGAAGAGAGGUUAAAUUGCCUCAAGGUGAGUGAGAAAUUAUACCAAGUACCCCUUGGGAAUUCUAUACUUGUACGUACUGAUUUUAAAAGUUAAGAUGCAUAAUAUUAUAUAAUUCAAUCAGAAAUAGUAAAACAUGGUUAUUCUUUCACAUUUUAGUAUAUAGUUAGAUGGUUAAACAUUCUAUUUUUUAAAUCUAUAGCAAAAAUAAAAUAUUUAUAAAAUAUUAUAAUUUAAUAGUAUUACUCCUAUCUUCUAGUCAACUAUAUGAAAACUAUAAUCAUUUUUCAAGUAGGUAUUUAUAGUUUAGGUAUUAUUUUGACUGCAGUUUUUUUAUAAAAAAAAUAAAUUUUGUCGACGUUUCAAAAGUUUUAUUCCUAUUAUAUACACCGUACUUUGUGUUGUACGAUGUUUCACCGUUUUCGUGUUCAUUAAUAACUUUGUUCCAAUUUUAUUUAUUAUAUUAUACAUGAUUUUUGAAUCGUAUUACUGCAUUGACUAUGGUGCAUGUAUACUUAAGUAAGUACAUCGUAAUAUUCAAUACAAUUAAAGUUUCAAUAAUAUUAUAUUAUUUGCAAAAAUCAAUUUUCUACAUAUUAUAAUCACCUGUAUAAAAAUGUAGUAUCUAUACUCACGAUAUAUUUAUUUUUAUUCUAUACAUUUCAGUCUAUGCUGCUUAACUUUAUCGAUUAUCAAAAAUUAGAAAAAAUCGAAGUGAGUGGACUCAUGAGCCGUAUGUAUACGCCAAUGCUCGAACGCGUGUUUCUUAGGUAUUCAAAGUACCUAGAGUUAAUGAGUUCCAUUGCGUAUGAUCCAUUGGACCUGUUUAACGAAGAGCCAAAUAAAUUAUUUCGGGAGAAUCAUAAUUACUAUGUAAACUUAUCAAAUGAUNUGAUCCAUUGGACCUGUUUAACGAAGAGCCAAAUAAAUUAUUUCUGGAGAAUCAUAAUUACUAUGUAAACUUAUCAAAUGAUAUUGACCAUCGUUUAGCCACCCUGGCCAAAUCAUGUUACGAAAACAGUAACGAUUUAAUGACACUUCAUAAGGUAUACUUCCUAUAUCUUUCUAUAUUUAUGUAGAUGUUUUUAUAUGUACACAAUAUUACGUUGACAGUCGAUUUGCGUACAUUAACCUGAGGUGCAAGGGCGCGACCCGUUUCACCCAUAUUAGAUCUUUACCAUUUCGCCCAAAUACCCGUUUCGUCCAAAUACAUUUUAAUAAUUUUAAAAUUAGGUUGGCAAUGGUUUUUUAAUAAUAAUGAAAUUAUAAUAUUAAAAAUUAUUUAAAAAAUCAUUACAAAAUAGAAAUUAUAAUUUUUUUAAAUGUCUAUACAUGCUUUUUACACUCAUACCAAGUUAUUUUUCAGAUCUAAAUAUGUAUAUAAAUGUAUAAGUUUUGAAUUAUAUCCUUGUCGUUCUCUCAUUUUUUUGUCUUAUUUUUAGAGGAGGGGGGAGAGAAUUUCAACACUACAAAUUUGUAUAAAAUAAUAAAAAACUAAUUUCUCAUAUACAUUUUUAAAUAAUUUUCUAUUUAUUUUAAUUAUUAUUAUUAUUCAAAAACAAUUACCAACUUGAUUUUAAAAUGUUUUUUGACGAAAUAGGAAAGGUCAAAUUUGGACUAAACGGGUCCCAUCCGGGAUAUACCCGUUAAUGGUUGGUUUAUAAUAUGCACGUACUGUGACUAUUUUCAGUUCUUAUUGGUGUUCGGUGUGGACUUGUUGGAAAAACCGAUCAUAGCAGAUUCCGUGAAAGAACACAACGAAAAAAUAUUGAGCCUGCUGGAAACAGAAUUGACCUAUCAGUUGGUGAGCCAUCUAUUAUUUUUGGUAUUUAAAAUAUAGGAACGAUCUUUUAACCAAAAACCGUAUUUGCCGUGGUUACUUGAUUUAUAGAAAAUCCUGGAUUCGAUGACCAGAACAAAGCUCACCAGGGAAGUUGAUAGGAAUGACUAUUAUGAGUCACGUUUCGUACCCGAAAAAAUGGACCUACGGUAUCCGCCGGUGGCCAGGAUAAUAAUAUGGGGCCACUCGCAGAAAAAUCGGUUAAUGGAAAAUGUCCUCUCAACACGGAGUUUAGAACUACCGUAAGCACAUCAUUAUCUCGGUAUUUUGGUUUUUUCGGUCAAAAUAGAGCUGGUACUGGAGAUAUACCUGGUAUAUGUUACUAGCAAUGUGAACGUGCCCGUGCAAUGUGAACGGCAGAUAUAAUACUAAAAAUAUAAUGGUCUAAUACUUAUCUACAUGUAUAUAGGUUGCCCCAAGAAGAUAUACCCCUUGAAAACCGAUGUUAGUUAGGGAAUAAGCUAAUGGUGUUCCGCGAUAACAUAGGUUUUCACACGGAUUAGUAGAAAUUUAAACGGUUGUUACUUUGAAACUAUUCAUCGGAUAAAAAUGUGUGAUACAUUAAAAUUUUCAUUAAAUAAUAAAAUACAUUUAUUUUUAAAUUGUUUACUAAAAAAUAAAUUUGAUGCAAAUAUAAAUAUUUGCAGCCCUCAUCCCUGUGAGUAGUAUAAAAAAAAAAAAACAGAAUUUGAUUAUCUUUAUUAUCUAAGGAGAUAUUCAAGGGGUACAAGGGGUAUUCAGACUGUACUGUUACGAUAAAAGNCAAAACCGUAUUUGCCGUGGUUACUUGAUUUAUAGAAAAUCCUGGAUUCGAUGACCAGAACAAAGCUCACUAGUGAAGUUGAUAGGAAUGACUAUUAUGAGUCACGUUUCAUACCCGAAAAAAUGGACCUACGGUAUCCGCCGGUGGCCAGGAUAAUAAUAUGGGGCCACUCGGAGAAAAAUCGGUUAAUGGAAAAUGUCCUCUCAACACGGAGUUUAGAACUACCGUAAGCACAUCAUUUAUGUCGGUAUUUUGGUUUUGUCGGUCAAAAUAGAGCUGAUACAGGAGAUAUACCUGGUAUAUGUUACUAGUUAAAAACCGAAAUAGCAGAGGAAUAACGAGAAAAUUUACGAAAUAAAAUGUAGAUAUUGGUUAAAAAUAUUACGCCCUUCUUUUUUCCUGUGAACAAAUUUUCUACCAGCAAAUUUGCUCCAAUUUAUAAUGAUAGCACUUUUUCUGAAAUGAAAUUUAACAGGACAGGUACUUUAAGGAGGUAAUUUUUCGAUUUUCCCGAAAGCUUUCCCAGCAAAUGUUUUUCACAUUUUUCACCAGGAAAAACAUGAGAAAACUGGGAAAUACGAUAAGACCGGUAUAACAUUAAACAAAUAUUAUUAAAGAAAAUAUAUAAUGCCUACUUAAUUAUUUUACUAUGAUAUGAUAUAUUUAUUGUUGACGAAACAUCACUAUCAACUGAACUCCGCUCAGAAUCGUUUUUUCGUCAGCAAUGGUUUAUCGUUACUUCCAGGUAUAUAUUAAAUUAUUUAUAACAGUAGUUGCACCGGUUUCCAUUAUCCUAGGACAGUUUAUAUAUAUAUAUAUACAUAUUAAUUUUUAAAUACUACUUAAACAAUAUUUUUAUAUUAUUAAAUAUUUUGUUGAUUAUCUUUGUAGAAUUAUGGAUUGUCCAAAAGCCAUUCAGAUCGAAUUAAAAAUUAAAGAAUUAAACCGUAGACUAGAAAACUAUGUACGCAAUAAAUUUGACGAUUGGGCGAGUUUUGUGCCUUUACAAAUCAAGGAGAAAAUUGAAUACUCACUGUUUAAAAUUAACAAAGAUGAAACAAUCGAAAUGAAUUUCCCAAAAGAAGUAAUAAACUUGUUAUAAUAUCUUUCAUACCAGUUAUUAAUAUGAUGUGUAUUGAUAAAUAAAAUAUUAUAAUAUUUUAUUUGAAGCUCGAUGCUGCUAUCAAAGAAACCAGAUAUAUGUUAAUGGGCGAAUUAUAUUACAAAAACCCGCUGUUGACUAUUACUACGAAAGAUAUUCCAUACGAAGCGAUUGAGCUCUAUAAAAGAGAGAAAAAGAUUAUGUCUUAUAAACACGAUAUUGAAGACAUAGUAAAUUGGUCAGUAAUAAUUAUCAAUAUGAGUGUGUAACAUUAUAAAAAUUAUUUAUUAAGUAGUUAUACCUAUUUGAAAUAUAGAUAGAUAUUAUUUAGAACAAUUAAAUAAUACAAAUUAUUUCUUAUUCUAUAUCACUGAAUUGUAUUAAAUUAAUUUAUUAUUGUUAAUAAUUGAAUUGUAUAUAAUUGCACUUGGUCUGUUAUUUGUUAACAUCUAACUAUAAGUUUAAUUCUGUUAUACGUUUAGGUCGCUUGGGGUAAAAAAAUAAAAUAGAUACAUAUAAUAUGGUAGAAUUGGUAGUAGGUAUAGAAAAACAUUAAGUUGCACAAUAACGAAUUACACAUAAAACAGUAUCUAUUUGAACAAUAGGUACAUGUUUUGGUAUACCUUACCCAUGCAUUAUUUUUGUUUGUCAUUUAAUAAUCGUAUGUAUUAACUAGACUAUUUGUAUAUGUAUAGGUAUAAUACGCUGAAAAAGGAUACUCACCCUGCAGAAUUACAAUUAAUCAUUAACUAUGUCGAGGAAAUUGAUAAUCUUAUUAGCGACGCUCAAAUGUUUGUCACAUGGAACUCUGAAGGUAAAUAAAUUGUUUUAAUUUGAUAUGAAUCUAUACAAGGAUGUAGCUAAACAUUUUAUCAAGGGGAGGGGGCAACAAAUAAUCAAGACAUGAUUAGUGUUUUUGUACAUAUAUUUAAAUAUUUUUACUCACGUCGUGUUAAAUUUUAGAUUCUAAAGCGAUUAAAAAAGCUUAUGAUUUUACAAAGAUAUUUUUUUUUUCUGAAGACAAAUUUUCUAUCAGCAAUUUGCUCCAACUUUUAAUGAUAGUAAUUCUUUUAAAAGAAAAUUUCACUGAGGAGGAACCUUAGAGAGGUCAUUUUCUGAUUUGACCAGCAAAUGAUUAAAACUUUUUAUUUUUAUUUUGACGUACUAUAGUUUUAACGAAGUCUAUCAUAUCCACCUCCUAUUUGAUGAACAACUUCCUGAAAAGCUUUUAUAAGAUUUUUUACUUCAACAUCUACAUUUUGACGAUAGGUUUUUAAGACACCUACUAAGAAUUUUUUUUAAGUGACCUACACAUGUGAAAACGUUCAAAAUUUUGCCUGUAGUGCAUUAACAAUAGGCUCUAAUAAAAAAUAAUUUUAUUUUUAUAUGUACACAAAGUAUACACAUAUUUUAAACCUAUGUAACCUAACCUAACCGAAUGUUUUAAAUUAGCAGAGUUAUUUCCAUGAUAAGCAUGAAAAAAACAAAUUGUAUUUAAGCACAUGAAAUAUUCGCGUCUAUUCCUUCUCCAAUUUAAAAUUUCGUUAAAAUGUUAUAUUUUUUAGUUAAUAACAGAAAGGGGCACUUUCCCCUACACUGGUUACGUUCUUAAAUCCAUACAUAAAUAGGUACCUAUAAUAGAUAUGCUAUUAUGUUUACAAAUUAGAUUUAGUGUAUCCGGUUGAAAACGAAAAUGUUUUAUACGGAGAAGAAGUAGAAAACGAACAACAGCCUCUGCUUACAAAAAUAGAAGCAACAAUUAGAGCUAUUCAUAGUUUGACUAAGAGCGUUUACGAACGUUUAAUGCAAAUUAAAGACAACUUUAAAAAAAUAAAAAUACUCAGCAGUCAAUGGGAAAAUACACCAAUGUAUGUGCGUGAAAAGACCACGAAGCUUAUAAUGCUUGGCGACCGAUUGACCUACUUCAAAACCAAUAGGUACAAGGAAAUAGAUAAUGCUAGUUCGAAGAUACACCAAUUGCUCAAGGAAGACCUUUUGCUGUUUCACAAUGUACCUUUAGUGGACCCAAAUCGGGGUAAAUUAUAAAUUGGCUAAUAAGGUCGAUUUGCUGUUGACAUAUAAUAUUGGUUUUUUCAUACAAUAAUAAUAAAUACGUUGAGAAUACAAUCCCAGAAUUUUGGAAUUAAUUGGAACCAAUCCCAGGAUCUUCAUAAUAAUCCAGGGAUUUAACGGGACCACGAGAUUGUAUUCUUUAAAUUCUGUCUUGUAUUAUACAAUAUAAACCGUGUAUAUUAAAUUUUUUUUUUCUAUUGUGCUUCACAUUUUAGAAUAUGAUUACAUCGAUGAAAUGGAUGUCGGAAUUGAAGAAGAAGUAGAAGAGGAAAGUGUAAAACCGAAGCUGUUAGAAGAAGAGCAAGAAGAAAUAAUAGACUCUGUUUUAGGAGAAUCUAUCAACGAAACGGAGUCUGUUUAUUUAAAUGAAGAAGAAAAUGCAGAGGAAGAAGAAAAACAGCUGUUAAACGACGAUCAAGACGAAGAAAUGAUGUUUGAUGAAAUGGGGGAAGAAGAAAUAAAAUUGAAUUACAUUGAUACUCAGGUAGAAAUAAUAUUAUCAGACCUAGGAAGAAAAUUAUUAUGGGAAGAAUAUAAAAAAUAUGUCGACGAUGCAGUUUUUGUGUGUUUACAAAAUGCUAUUCUAAUCAGGUAAUUGACAAAACUAUAAAAAAAACAUAAUAAAAUAUUAAAGUACUUCAAAAUAUGCACCAGUGCGUGUACAAGAAAUUAACUUUCAAAACUUUAAAUAGAUUAGGCUGGGCUAAUAUUGUGAGGAAUAUGGUCUAAACACUUUAAAUAAUACAUAUAUUUACAAUAUCUCUGCAUUUACUCGUAUAUAAAAAAACACUUCCAAUAUGUUUGUCCUAGAUGAUCUGGUAUGCUUUUUCUGUUUUAGAUUCGGAACGUGGCGAGGAAUAUAUUAACUUUAUAAUGAUGUUUAUUUAUAUUUUUUUUCUUUUAACUGUGAACAACUUUUCUACCAGAAAUCUUGCUCCGAUUUUCAAGUGUAGAACCUCUUUUGAAAGAAAAUUUAAUCUCGGUGGUCUAUUGAUAAAGUAAUUUCUUUUGGUUUUCCAAGCCCUUGGAAGCCUUUUCUCGAUAGGAAAAAACGUAAAAACCAGGAAAAACUGAGGAAUGUACGUACUUAUAAAAAAAAACUUCGCUCCCAAUCGUUUUUUGUUAGCAAUUGUUUAUCGUUGCGUACAGAUAUAAAUUAAAUUCUCCUUUAUAUCCUUCCUUCCCAACUUCUUAUCUACAGUGGGCCACCUAUUAUGCGAAGUAUGCCCGUCUUUUUAUAAUUAAUUUUCAAAUAAAGGGCAAUUUUAUAGAUUCAAUUAAAUACAUUUUAUAGAUCCAUAAUGUUUAAUUAUUUUCGUAUUGUUAUUAAUAUUAGAGGCGUAUAGGAACUAAACUAUACGCCAAUAAAUUUACCUAUUGCAAUUAAUGUUUGAUAAAUACUUAAGCUAAUGUUUUAUUUAUGUUUAGUCUAAAGUAUAUUCAUCAAGACUUAAAAAAUGUACAAGAAUGUACUGCGAUAUUUAUGGCUAUGUACGUUCUCAAUGAAAAGGGUCCAAUUUUUUCGCCCGAUUUCAAUAUUAAUAAUAGUCCUAAUUUCUAUGGAAUUAUUGAUUCCUUGCUUGAGGACAUAGUUGAAAUGGGAUUGCACAUGAAAAGAANAUAGAGGUAUUAUUGUAAUUGGCGGUUUCCCAUCACUAGUUUUCCCAUAAUUAAUUUGAAGUCUAUCUAUACACACAUUGCCUAAUAAAAAAACACCUUUUACAUAUAAUACCUAUAUUUAUUUGUUUGGCAUUGUUGAUUAAAUAAUUAAAUCUGUUAUAUUUAGGCCCUUGACUAUAUCGCUCAGUAUAAAACUUACUCUUCGGUAUGGCUUACUGAUAAAAACGACGCAUUGUCAUUGUUUUUAACAUAUGGCAAAGAUCUGACCGAUGAUGAAAUGAAUCUACGUUUUGAAAUAGACAAAGAAGGAAAUCUAGUUGUUCCUCAUUCUUUUCCGAAACUUAGUUCGUUCAAGGAAAAAGUAUACAAAGAAAAUAUAUUUUUUUUAGUUAUAUUGACUUAAUAAUAUUGAUUUUUAAAUUUAGAUUGAUUCGUAUGAUAAUCUUUAUCAAAAAAUCAAUAAAAUAGUGGAAACUAUCACACUUGAUUAUUGGUUAACCAUUGAUAUUAAUCCUUUUAAAAAAGAUCUUUUGAAUUUAGUUGCUAGUUGGUCAGACUUAUUUAAAACGUAUUUGGUUGAUGAAGUGGUGAACAGGUAAAAUGAGAAGAAUUAGUAAUUAGUACUUUUUCUCGUUUACUAUCAUUUUUUUUUAAAUUUUUUUUAGUCUUCGCUCGUUACUCGAGUUCACCAAAGAUACAGAUAGUGGUCUUUUAAAACCAUUAGAAGAAGGAGAUUAUGAUGGCCUAGUGAGUGUCAUGGGUCAUUUAUUUAGAGUUCGAGAAAAACAAGAACAAUAUGAUUCAAUGUUUGAGCCAUUGGCAAAUACAUUACAUCUACUUAAAAUCUAUGACGUAGAAAUGCCAGAAGAUGUGUAUUCUUUAAUGCAGGUCAGAUCAUUAUUAUUGUACUAUACAUUUUAAUUAUCCCAAGUAUCUGUUUUAAUUACUAAAUUUUUGUUUGCGAGGUAUACAUUUUUUGUUUUCUUAGGAAUUGCCAGACAAAUGGAACACAACCAAGAAAAACGCAAUGACCACUAAAUCACAAGUAGUACCCUUAAUUCAAAUCGAAGGAAUAAUAAUAAGUAAAAGAAUUAUUUUAUUGAGCAUACGGGAAACUUUGUUCAAAAAUAAUUUCUUAACCAUGCCCCAAUUUGAGUAAGAAUCUGUAAUUUUGUAUUUUAAUUCUUUUAAAAAUAUGUAUUAACAGUUCGUAAAUAACUUUAUGUAUUAUAGCAUAAAUUGUAAAAAUGCAUAUAUAGAGAUAGAUAAGACAAAUAAAGAUUUAAUGGAAAUACAGGAUUUGCAUGAUAAAUUACUUUCUCAAGCUUUAUUAUUUGAAAUAACACAACCAGAAGCUGGGAUUUUGGAAUCAACUAAAUUACAUUUACAGCUAAAUAAACAGCUAUGGGAUUUCAUUUAUUUGGUUAAAAGUUGGAUAAAUUUAUGGCUGAUGACUUUAUGGAUAAACAUAGAUUCUGAAUUUAUGGAUAUGGAACUAAAACGAUAUUCCAAAGAUUUAAAACGUAUACUUGACAUGUUUAAAGGCUUAAAUAUAUUUUGAAUACAUUAUUAUUAAUAAUUAAUGUUGAUUUAAAGUAAUGGACAAAGAAAUGCGCGAUUGGCCAUUAUUCAUAGGCAUUGAAAAAGUAGUUAAAACUAUGAUAACUUCGUUGAAGGCAUUAACUGAACUUCAAAACCCAGCAAUGAAAGACCGGCACUGGGCUGAACUUGUAAAAGUUACAAAUGUAAUAUUACAUAUUUAGAAACUAUUUUAAAUAAAACUAAUUUAAAACUAAUAGAUUUUCACCGUUAAAUUCUUAUAGGUACAAUUUUCCAUUGACAAAACAACUACUUUAAAUGAUUUAGUAAAACUUAAUUUACACGAAUAUGAAGACGAUGUGAAAAAUAUUGUCNCGUUGAAGGCAUUAACUGAACUUCAAAACCCAGCAAUGAAAGACCGGCACUGGGCUGAACUUGUAAAAGUUACAAAUGUAAUAUUACAUAUUUAAAAACAAUUUUAAAUAAACUAAUUUAAAACUAAUUGAUUUUUACCAAUAAAUUAUUUUAGGUACAAUUUUCCAUUGACAAAACAACUACUUUAAAUGAUUUAGUGAAACUCAAUUUACACGAAUAUGAAGACGAUGUGAAAAAUAUUGUCGAUAUGGCCGUUAAGGAAAUGGCUAUGGAUAAAUCAUUGAAAGAAUUCAAUGAAACAUGGAACUCUAUGCAGUUUGAGUAUCAGCCCCAUUCAAGGACAAAAGUUAAUUUACUUAAAGUACGGGAUGAAAUAAUAGAAACAUUAGAAGAUAAUCAAGUACAAUUACAAAAUAUGAUGAACUCGAAGUUCAUUGGACAUAUGUAUAACGAAGUGUCGAGUUGGCAAGCAAAGUUAAACACUGCAGAUCGUGUAAUAAAUUUAUGGGUAGAAGUUCAAAGAACAUGGGCUUAUUUAGAAGCGAUAUUUAUUGGCUCUGAUGACAUAAGGACACAGUUACCAGAAGACACGAGAAGGUUUGAAAAUCUCGACAGAGAUUUUAAG